AUGAACAAGUACGAUGUGUUGGGCGUCGUGGGCGAAGGGGCCUACGGCGUGGUGUUGAAGUGCAAGAACAAGGACACCAACGAAGUGGUGGCCAUCAAGAAGUUCAAGGAAAGUGAAGAGGACGAGGUAGUUAGAAAAACCACGCUGAGAGAGGUGAAGAUCCUUCGUAUAAUGCGGCACGAAAACAUUGUGCAGCUGAAGGAGGCCUUUCGACGCAGGGGGAAGCUCUACCUCGUCUUCGAAUUCGUGGAGAAAAGCAUGCUCGACAUUUUAGAGGCUAAUCCAAAUGGCGUGGACACGGAAACUGUUCGUGUCCUUACUUGUCAAUUGGCUCGUGCCAUUGAGUACUGUCAUCGGCAUGAUGUCAUUCACCGUGACAUCAAGCCAGAAAACUUGUUGAUCAACCCUGCGGAUAAUGCACUGCGGCUUUGCGACUUCGGGUUUGCCCGGACAAUGAGCGCGGAUACUCCACUCACAGAUUACGUUGCAACUCGGUGGUACCGCGCACCAGAGCUCCUUCUAGGUUUCACACAUUAUGGAAAGGAUGUAGAUAUUUGGGCCGUUGGCUGCAUCAUGGGUGAACUCACUGAUGGCCAGCCGCUUUUCGCCGGUGAGUCGGAGGUCGACCAGCUCUUUGUUAUUCAAAAAGUGCUGGGUCCGCUGACCCCAGAACACAUGGAGAUGUUCCUCAGAAAUCCGCGUUUCCUGGGCAUUCAGUUCCCGGACGUGAGCCGUCCAGAGACGCUGGAGAAGCGUUACUUGAGACGGAUGCCGAAGCUGCAGAUGCAGCUGCUGAAGGGCAUCCUGGUGAUGGAGCCCCGGCGGCGCCUCAGCGCUCGGGAGAUGCUUCGGAUGCCUUGGUUUGAGGGCAUCAAGCUUCCAAGAUCACUGCGACCUCCUUCGCAGACGCAGUCGCGUGGCAUGAGGCCGGAAUCGAGCGGCUCCGUGCCGGCAGUGACACCAGCGCAAGCUGAGCGGUCGUUGCCUGAACGGACACCGGCGGCAGAACGGACGCUGGCCGAACGGAUGCCAGCCGAGCGGAUCCCAGCUGAGCGGAUGCCAGCUGAGCGCACGCCGGCCGAGCGCAUGCCGGCCGAGCGCUUGCCCGCCGAGCGGAUGCCCGCCGAGCGGAUGCCUGCCGAGCGGAUGCCCGCUGAGCGGAUGCCCGCCGAGCGGAUGCCCGCCGAGCGCAUGCAAGCAGAGCGCAUGCAAGCCGAGCGGAUGCCUGGUGAGCGCUCAACACAGGCAGCAGCGCGGCCGGCACAGGCAUCGGAGCGGACGUGUGUUGCUUUGGAUAGCUCGUUUGCUUGGCUUGGUUCGGUGGGCUGUCGCGAGCUGUUUAGUUUAAUGAGAGGUGCCACCGGCAACGGGCUCGCGUGCUUUCGAGACCGUCCCGAUGAUGCAGCCGCCCCAAGAGGCAUCGGCCACUCCAUCUUGGCAUUACGAGCAGCAGAUGCGUCUGGAGCAACUGCUUUCCCAGCUCAUGCCGGCAGCAAGGGGAAGGUGGUGGAGCUGGGGCUGGAAGUUCUAGCUUUCCACCUGGGCGGCACCCGCACCAACCGCUUCAGCAGCAGUCGCAUCAGUCUCAUCAGCCGGUACCUGGUGAUCGCAGGUUGCAUCGUGGGAAGUCAAGCACAAGUGAUGGGCAACGACAACAAUUCCCCACGCUUUUCUGAUGAUGCGUUGUCUGAAGAGAAGCAUCGAGAGGCCAUGGCACACCCGGAAGAAGCGCCGACCAGCGACUAUGGGCGGCAUCCGCACCAACCGCUUCAGCAGCAGUCGCAUCAGUCUCAUCAGCCGGUACCUGGUGAUCGCAGGACACACCAGUACAGGCUGCCGUGGGAAGAGGCCAUGGCACACCCGGAAGAAGCGCCGACCAGCGACUACGGGCCGCCACCGCCCCAGUACACAAGCGAUGUUGGGGAGGACAAGAGCCUGGCGGAUGGCCGUCGCUCGCGGCAAAAUCGACGCCAGGUGCAGGAGGACUGGAUGGAUCGGCAGCCAGGCCCCGAUACUCGUGGGACACCAAGCGCUGCAGAGCGAGAACGCUCGGGUCCCUUCUUCGGCGCUGGCAGCAUGAGCGCCACUUCCAAGGGCAGCAGAGCUGUGGCCCCUCAGCACGGGCCCAGCGGUGUGUACUCAACUGGCCACAGCCACGCCGCGUUUGGGCAUGGCACUUCAAGCCUUCUUGGAGGUGGCUCUGCUAGCGGUUGCAGUGGAGGGGUGGGCCUCUGCCUGGCUCCCGGAGCAGGAGUCGGUUCCAUGGGUGGAGGUUCAGGUUGCAGUGGAGGCUUGGCGCAUCCCGGAGGUGCGGCAGUGCGGGCUGCAGAGAAGCAUGUUUCUGCUGGAACUGGCGGUUCGGAGGAGUGGCCCUCGACUCAAGCCAGGAAUGUUCGUGCACUUCGGGAGAACGACUACGAAGACGAGAAGGCAGUGUGGGCCCAAGGUUGCGCACUGCCUCUCAUGAAAAAGGCCGGCCGAAACCAGGCUCCGCUUGGAUGUGCCCAGCGUGCCACGGACCUCUACCAUGGCGGGGCCAUGCCUGCUGGCUUCGACUACUCGAAGUGGGACAAAAUCGAACUGUCAGAUGAUGAGGACGAUGUCCAUCCCAACAUCGACAAAGCUUCGUGGUUUCGGUACAAGCACCAGAACCGUGUGGAAAAGGACGAGGACGAGGAAAAGAAACACCUCAGGCUGCAGCAAGAGCUGCAGAAACUGGAGAAGGAAUACAACGCCUUUGGCGAAGCUGGAAAGGAGCACUUGAAGGCGAAGAAGGUCAAGGCAGAGAUAGACAAGGUACAGGAGCAGCUGGCCUUGAUGGAAAAGAACAAGAAAUGGAAUGCUGACAACAUGUGCAAGACUGCCGACCAGAAGACGUUAGUCUCAGAAAGCAGAGAAACGCCCGGGCCGGAGCCCCGGUUGCAAGGCGAAGCGGUCGCUGAAGGAUACUGUGAGUUCAUCGAAGAGAACGAGGAUCUGCUUGAAAGCUACAUCUCUUUGGGCGCCGAGGAGGACUUGGAGAAGGUAGCCAACUUUCUUCGCGAGCAUGGCGGCAAGCUGCUUCAGGGAGAGCAUGCCGAGUCCUACCUAUUGUUAGACUGCCUGGAGAAGGAGAUGAACGAGCUUCACCAGGAGAUGGCUCAGUCUGCACGGCAGUUGCAGUUGCUGACGCAGCUGCGUGAGUUUUCCCGCGCGGCCGGACGGCCAGCACGAGACUCGGUGAACCCCAUCUUCCAAAAGCUAAUUGAGCAUGAAGGAACCAGAGAAUCCUUCGAUGAAACGGUGCAGAACUUCAUCCAGCGUGUGGAGCGCCGUGCCGUGGUCAAGAAGAAGGAGAUGGAUGCCGAAAUGGAAGAAGAAAGGAAGCAGCUCAAUCCUUUGGGGCCUGGAGGGCUGGACCCCUUGGAGGUCUUCGAGACGCUGCCAGCAGAGAUGCAGAUCGCUUUCAAGACGAAGGAUGCUCAAAGGUUACAGGCAGCUGUCGAGGCGCUGCCGGAGGAGGAAGCGAGGUACCACCUCCAGCGCUGCGAGGACAGUGGCCUCUGGGUGCCCAGCCAGCAGGGCAGCCCUCCUCCAUACCGAGCCUGA